AAGAUACGAAGAGCACCGGUGGGAUGGCGUUCUACGUCAAUAGCAGCCUUGUCACUUGGGCCUCAUAGAAGCAACAGAGUGUUGCACUUUCAUCCUGUGAAGCUGAGUUCAUGGCUGCCACGGCAGCAACUUGUCAAGGAAUAUGGAUGCGAGGUUUGCUUAGUGAGCUCGUAAGGCACAAAUUGGAUCCAGUUACCAUUUAUGUUUAUAAUAAGUCAGCAAUUGCAUUGAUGAAAAAUACAGUCUUUCAUGGGAGGAGCAAGCAUAUUGAUAUUCAUUUCCAUUUCAUACGUGAGUGUGUUGAAAAAGGUGAAAUUGUGAUCAAGCACGUGCGCACAGAAGAACAGCGGGCUGAUAUACUCACUAAGGCAUUAGCAAGAGUCAAAUUUGCAGAAAUGCGUGAGCUGCUUGGAGUUAAAGGCCUCACCUGAUCAAGUUUGGAUUAGGGGGAGAAUGUUGGAAUUAGCCCAAACUAUUCCUAAAAUUAUGGGCAUAACACAUGAUCCGAUUUUAUUGUUUAGUUGGUUAGUUUUGCUUUCCUAUUAUUUAGAAUCACGGAGUAGUACGUGUUCAGUUAGUUUUGUUUUCUCCUUAUUUAUACUGCAACAAGCUUGUUGUAUGAGGUGUGACUGAUCAUCAAAACAGAGUAAUAUACUUCAGUUUAGUUUAUUCCGGAUAGUGCUUCAUUCUUGCUCUCAAAGUGUUUGCUUUAUUGCCUCAAUAAAAAUAUUGCUUCUGCACUUUUCAAAAUCCUGGGCAGUGAACUACACAAGAUCGAUGACCACCUGGCUUGUGCCGUUGCUGGAAUAAUGUCCGAUGCCAACAUCCUCAUCAACACAGCCAGGGUCCAGGCCCAACGUUACACUUUCUCUUACCAAGAACCCAUGCCUGUCGAACAGCUGGUCCAGUCGCUCUGCGAUACCAAACAGGGUUACACGCAGUUUGGUGCUCUCCGUCCGUUCGGAGAUUCCUUUUUGUUUGCGGGCUGGGAUAAGAACUACGGCUUUCAAUUGUAUAUGAGUGACCCAAGUGGGAACUAUGAGGGCUGGAAGGCGGCUGCGAUUGGGGCGAACAACCAGGCAACACAGGCGAGGUUGAAGCAGGACUAUAAGGAUGAGAUCACGAGGGAGGAGGCUGUUCAGCUUGCUCUUAAGGUGCUUAGCAAUGCGAUGGAUUGCACUAGUCUUACCUCUGAGAAGCUUGAGCUGACUGAGGUGUUCCUUUGUAAAGGUAAGGUUAAGUUCCUGGUUCACUCACCGGAGUCUCUCGAUAAGUUGCUGGUGAAGCUUGGCUUGACCCAACCAACUCCGGAGACCUAAUUAACGCGUUUCUUGCUUGCUGCAUAAGACUUCUUGAAUCAGUCUGCUCUUUAGUUUUAUUUCCAGACCAAACUUGUGUGUUUUAGAAGUAACUUCAUAACUGCUGUUCGUUUACCAUUGGCAUCUUGCCUCAUCAUAUGUGGGAUUGUUGAUUCAAUCAGUAUUGCUGCUUUAUUUUAUCAGACGGCUGCUCUGUAAUAUAUGCCAGAUCAUAAGUUCGACGUCAAAAAAAAAAGAGUGUGUUCGGAUAGUUUAAAAUAAGAUUCACACAAGAUACAAAUAAGGUAGAUUCUAUGGUACCCAUAAGGUACCAUACAUUUGUCCACAUGGAG